CCUUGUUCCGUUAGUUAAAGUGAUUCUUGCGCGUGGAUCUGCGUCUCGCGACCGGGUCAACGCGACUACUCUCCGCGUAUUCAUCUCGCUCGCGUUUUGAACUUUGUCGCGAUGGUGCACAUCCAAGAAGGAGGAUCGGUCUCCACGGGACAGGAAAAACCGCUAUUGCGACAGAACACCAAUCCGUCGCAAAACGGUUUUAACGAUAUAACCUCAUGGAAAUCGUACGAGAAUGUUAUCUCGAGCUUGACGUUAUGGACUGUUCGUAAACCGCGUAAACCCGGCAACGAGAUGAAUUACAAAGGCAGCGGCAAGGUCCACUUCGGAGUGGACGAUGUGUCCCUCUACGGGACUCCGAAGGAGGAAUUGGGCCCGGGUCUACCGGGCCAAGAGGUCAAGCAGAGCUUCUUGAAGAAUCAGCUUCAGGCCCUGUUCCAGCCGACCGACAACAAGUUGGCCAUGAAACUCUUUGGCAGCAAGAAGGCGCUCAUGAAAGAACGAAUCAGGCAAAAAGCCGCAGGUCACUGGGUCAUCCAUCCUUGCUCUAGUUUUCGAUUUUACUGGGACCUCUGCAUGCUCCUCCUAUUGGUAGCUAAUCUGAUAAUUCUGCCAGUCGCCAUUAGUUUUUUCAAUGACGACCUAAGCACUAGGUGGAUAGCCUUUAACUGCCUUUCCGACACAAUAUUCCUUAUAGAUAUCGUCGUGAAUUUCAGGACAGGUAUAAUGCAGCAGGAUAAUGCCGAGCAGGUUAUAUUGGAUCCGAAAUUAAUCGCAAAACAUUACUUGAGGACGUGGUUCUUUCUCGACCUUAUCUCCUCUAUACCAUUAGACUACAUUUUUCUCAUAUUCAAUCAAGACUUCAGCGACUCUUUUACGAUCCUGCAUGCUGGACGUGCUCUCAGGAUUCUCAGGCUUGCAAAAUUGUUGUCACUCGUUAGGUUACUACGUUUGUCAAGACUGGUGCGGUAUGUCUCGCAGUGGGAAGAGGUCUAUAUCCCCCUUUAUCAACAGCCGGAGAGACACUACGAGCGUCGGGCGACACCGCCCCAACCAGACCGAACCAGCAAGAUAUUGCAGAACCUACAAAAAAAACGCACUGAGCGGAGGGGGCGCCUAAGUUCUGACAAUAUGACUAAAAAGAAGUCCGGUUUCAGCAAAAGCGACCUUAUUUUUAAGUUCCUGAAUAUGGCGUCGGUGUUUAUGCGGAUUUUUAACCUGAUCUGUAUGAUGCUCCUGAUUGGCCAUUGGAGUGGCUGUCUGCAAUUCCUGGUCCCCAUGCUUCAAGGAUUUCCCAGUAAUUCAUGGGUGGCCAUUAACGAGUUACAAGACUCGUUUUGGCUGGAACAAUACUCGUGGGCCUUGUUCAAAGCCAUGUCACACAUGCUAUGUAUCGGGUACGGUAGGUUUCCGCCUCAGUCCUUGACCGACAUGUGGCUGACCAUGCUCAGCAUGAUCAGCGGUGCGACAUGUUACGCUCUUUUCCUCGGCCACGCGACAAAUCUCAUUCAAUCUCUCGAUUCUUCGAGAAGACAGUAUCGUGAGAAGGUAAAACAAGUGGAGGAGUACAUGGCCUAUCGAAAACUACCGAGAGAAAUGAGACAGAGGAUCACGGAGUACUUUGAGCAUCGAUACCAAGGAAAGUUCUUCGAUGAGGAGCUGAUCCUUGGAGAGCUCUCGGAAAAAUUGAGAGAAGAUGUUAUAAAUUACAACUGCAGAUCCCUCGUGGCAUCCGUGCCCUUUUUCGCCAACGCCGAUUCGAAUUUCGUCUCGGAUGUCGUGACGAAACUCAGAUACGAAGUCUUCCAGCCAGGUGAUAUCAUCAUUAAGGAAGGUACUAUCGGGUCAAAAAUGUACUUCAUACAAGAAGGCAUAGUCGAUAUUGUGAUGGCUAACGGCGAGGUCGCGACCUCGUUGUCGGACGGGUCCUACUUUGGUGAAAUCUGUCUGUUAACGAACGCGAGAAGAGUAGCCUCGGUCCGCGCGGAGACUUACUGCAAUCUCUUCAGCCUCUCGGUGGAUCAUUUCAACGCCGUGCUGGACCAGUAUCCGCUAAUGCGCAGAACGAUGGAGAGCGUUGCCGCCGAGAGGUAUAAGCUUUGGUUGAACAAAAUCGGAAAGAACCCCAACUUGGUGGCUCAUCGCGAAGAGGAUCUUGGAAGCGAAUCAAAAACGAUAAACGCUGUGGUAAAUGCGCUCGCGGAACAAGCUGCGCAUGCAAGUGCCAGCGAAGAGUCAGUUCACAGUAUGGAGCUUAGAACGCUGCCGACUUGCCAAUUGCCCAGACCGAAGUCUGAGAACAAUUUCGCGAGCCAGGAGCUCACAAGAGAGGGACGGAGAAUCUUCCACAAGAGCGAUACUUUCCACAAGGACUCGUAUCAAUGACGACACUCGUUUUACUAGCAUUUGCAGAGAUACUAACGACUCCAUGUUGCGGGACGCAAUAUAAUGCUGGAACUUUUGACUUAUUUGCGCGCCGAUAGAACUGUUGGUGGUCUUGUGUAUACGGUACUCGGGCGAUCCUAUAGCAGCGGUCUAUAUAUAGAAUAUCGGCCAUGUCAGUAGUCCUUUAGCAAUCGAUUUAUAGCGCCUUCUUAUAUUAAUCUGACGGGCAUUUUCGUCCGGGACCGCAAAACCACCGUGACGCGCGUUUGAGUCUCUUAUAACUCUAACCACGAUACAAAUUUGCAGAAAAUGAAUAUAACGACAUUUAAUUAAAUACAUUCGAAUUAAUGAAUAAAAAAAGCAAACCGAUUGCAAAAAAAAGGAAUAUAUAAAAAAU